AUGGAAAUCCCAGGGCUGGAAGGCUUGCAUACCUGGAUCUCCAUCCCUUUUUCUUUUGUGUACACUGUGGCUGUUGCAGGCAAUAUCCUCUUGAUCUUCCUGCUCAUGACUGAACACAGUCUCCAUGAGCCCAUGUAUCUCUUCCUAUCCAUGCUGGCCUCAGCAGACUUCCUGCUCUCCACCGCUGCAGCCCCUAAGAUGCUGGCUAUCCACUCUACGGAUAUAUCCUUUGGUAGCUCUGUGUCUCAGAUGUUCUUCAUACAUUUCAUCUUUGUGGCAGAAUCUCCUAUUCUCCUGGCAAUGGCAUUUGACCUCUAUGUGGCCAUCUGUUACCCACUGAGAUACACCACCAUUUUAACCUCGUCAACCAUCAGGAAGAUUGGCAUAGCAACUGUGGUCAGGAGCUUUUUCAUCUGCUGUCCGUUCGUCUUCCUGGUAUACUGACUUACAUAUUGUGGGAGAAACAUCAUUCCUCAUUCCUACUGUGAGCACAUGGGCAUUGCCAGUUUGGCAUAUGGCAGUAUCAAUGUCAACAUCAUUUAUGGCCUCACUGUGGCCCUACUCUCUACAGGACUGGAUAUAGUGCUUAUCAUUAUAUCCUAUGUAAUGAUCCUUUACGCAGUGUUUCAGAUACCUUCCUGGGCUGCCAGGUUCAAGGCCCUUAGUACGUGUGGCUCUCAUAUCUGUGUCACACUUACGUUCUAUGCCCCAGCAUUCUUUUCAUUUCUUGCCCAUCGCUUUGGAGGUAAAACCAUCCCUCACCACAUUCACAUUCUAGUGGCCAAUCUCUAUGUGUUGGUGCCCCCUAUGCUAAACCCCAUCAUUUAUGGGGUGAAGACCAAACAAAUUAAAGAUCGAGUGAUUUUGCUUUUCUCUCCUAUCAGUGUAUGCUGUUAA